GACGCAGGAUGGAAUAUUAGCAUUUUUUUUUAUCCUCAGUCUCUUAUACUAGCUUUCGGAGUGGGCAUGUCUGUUGUGGAGACUGUAGCCUAUUCAAACCGCACUCGUCUAUUUCGUAUGCAUAUUGGGUGGAGAGCAAGCGUACCAUCAUUUGCUUAUGGCACACCAGUACAUUAACUACUUUUCUUUAGAGAUUGUAAAUGGUGAUAGUAGGUUACAAGCAUUCUUAAAGCGUUCCCUCUUUGGAUAGAAUACCCAUCCUUGCGCAGCGCGUUAUCAGCCAUGGAGCCCUUUACGCACUGCAGAUAACAAGUAUUUGUGAAACAAAGAAAACAUGAACAAAGGGAUGGAUCAACGCUUCAAGUGACAUAUAUAGAUUAUUUUUUACUUCAAAGGAACUCUGUAUAGUUAUGGCCGCACUACGGAGGAAAUUUGGAGAAGACUAUCAGGUAGUUAAUACAAACCGUGACACAGCCACCUUUUCUGCGCCUGUCAAAAAGAAACGCCAGCGGUUCGUUGAAAAGAACGGUCGAUGCAACGUGCAGCACGGGAACUUAGGCGGGGAAACCAGUCGGUACAUAUCCGACCUUUUCACCACCUUAGUGGAUCUCAAGUGGCGAUGGAACUUGCUUAUUUUCGUUUUGACCUACACAGUAGCAUGGCUGGUCAUGGCUUCUAUGUGGUGGAUCAUAGCCUACAUCAGAGGGGACAUCAACCAUGGCCGCGACUCUUCUUACACUCCGUGCGUGGCCAACGUUUACAACUUCCCUUCCGCUUUUCUAUUCUUCAUAGAGACGGAGGCCACCAUCGGUUACGGCUACCGCUACAUCACGGAGAAGUGUCCUGAGGGCAUCAUCCUCUUCUUGUUCCAGUCGCUGCUGGGGUCCAUCGUGGACGCCUUUCUGAUCGGCUGCAUGUUCAUUAAAAUGUCCCAGCCCAAGAAGCGCGCCGAGACACUCAUGUUUAGCCAAGACGCCGUGAUCUCGCAGCGCGACGGCAAGCUGUGCCUCAUGUUCCGCGUGGGCAACCUGCGUAAUAGCCAUAUGGUGUCAGCGCAGAUCAGGUGCAAACUCAUAAAGUCUCGUCAGACUCCGGAAGGGGAGUUCCUACCUCUGGACCAGUGUGAGCUGGAUGUCGGUUUUGGAACGGGGGCGGACCAGCUCUUCCUGGUGUCUCCUCUCACCAUCUGCCACGAGAUCAAUCCCAAGAGCCCCUUCUUCGAUUUGUCCCAGCGCUCGCUUCUGAACGAGCAGUUUGAGAUCGUGGUCAUCCUGGAGGGCAUCGUGGAGACCACCGGCAUGACGUGUCAGGCGCGGACGUCCUACACGGAAGACGAGGUACUUUGGGGUCACCGGUUCCUGCCCGUCAUGUCCCUGGAGGAGGGCUUCUUCCGGGUGGACUACUCCCAGUUCCACAGCACCUUCGAGGUCAACACGCCGCCCUACAGCGUCAAGGAGCACGACGAGAAGUCCUCCCUGCCGUCGCCCCUCUACCCCCCCACGCCCCUGCUGGGCGAGACCCUUGGCACCACCACCCGCCGGGCCCGGGUCUUCUCCGUCGACUGCAUCAACACAGCGGAGCGGGAGGAGCGGGCCGGGCAUUCCAAGCUGCCCGGGAAGCUCCAGAGGAUGAGCUCGUCCGGCAGGGAGGACCUGCAGAGGAAGGUGCUGAUGCUGGGUUCCCAGCAGCACUCUGAGAAGGCCUGCAGCACUGGAGACCUGCCCCUCAAGCUGCAGCGGCUCAGCUCCUCCGGCCCCGAGGCAGAGACCCGGCUACAGCUCAAGGCCCUGAAGGUGGGCUUCGAACCCAUGACCCAGUCCACCGGAGACCUGCAGCUGCCAGCUGCUCCCACCCCCUUCCCGGCCCGUGACCACACCCCUUUGCCGUCGGGCGGUGGGAGAGGGGAGGACAACCUGCCAGACAAACUACGGAGGAUGAACGCCGACCGCUGAGGUCAUGGAGACCGGACUCUGCUUGACUCUGCGUCACAAGUGGGACCCUGCAUUACUUUCAAACAGGGCCAAUUUGGGACGCAGUCUCUGAUUACAUUUUGAGCAGGCUACCUUUUCUUUUGACCUCAAACCACUGGAGGGAUAGGACUCUGAACAUUUACUGAAGACAGUGAUAUGGAGGAAAGGUCAAAUGACGAUGCGCGUCACUAUUCUCUUGUUUUUCAAACACAAUCUUUACUGGAAUUACAAUGAUUUGUUUGGUUAACAUUGUCCAUACCUUGGUCUCACAAUACAGAAAACACACAUACCUGAUUUUAACAUCCUUGCACACAUACUACACAGAAGUGUGCAUGUAUACACUAAAUCCGUCUGAAUGCACUGUAUACCCCAUCUUUAACAGUAGUUUUAAAUGAAUAAAAUAUAUUUAAAAUGAUA